AGAAUCACAGCAGCAGUGAGUCACUGACAAGAUAGAGAAUAGGAGAACUUUUUUUUAUUAUCUUCAUUUUUUGCCAUAGCAGCCGUUUUUGUUUUGUGAUUUUUUUUUACUUCUUCUACGUGCGUGAAGCCUUGGCAUCAACUUUUGUACACGACAAUCAUCCUCGACUUGCACACAAUUUUUAUUUAUUUAUUUUUGUUGGUCGUCGGCAACUUUAACAUUCCUUCCAGUAUUUUAAAGCGUCUUCAUGUAAAUUUAUUGUACAUGUAACGGAAAACAAGAAAGCUUGGACAACGGAAGGAAAAGACGUGAAGUUUAUUAGGAUUUAAGUGGCUCUAAGGAUUUAAUUUAAUUAAUUCAUACAUACAGACACACACAACAGUGUUCAUAUUUAGGAAAUAUGUCGAUCGAUUCGGAGGAUGUUGAGCUGCGUCAUAAAAAUGAAGAGCAUGUGGAUGUUCAGAGCUCAUCCGGCCAACAGACACAGUCAACCACAAUAGCGAUAAAAAACACAAAAUCAGACGACGAUCCACUGUUACGUGGCACGUGGGGUAGUAAGUUGGACUUUAUUCUAUCCGUCGUUGGUCUUGCCAUUGGUCUCGGCAAUGUGUGGCGUUUCCCUUAUCUGUGUUACAAAAAUGGAGGUGGAGCUUUCCUUAUACCAUAUUUCAUUACACUCAUUCUUGCCGGUAUUCCUAUGUUCUUUAUGGAGUUGGCACUUGGGCAGAUGCUUACGAUUGGUGGACUUGGAGUGUUUAAGAUUGCGCCCAUUUUUAAAGGUAUUGGAUAUGCAGCAGCUGUCAUGUCAUGUUGGAUGAAUGUGUAUUACAUUGUCAUCCUUGCGUGGGCAAUUUUUUACUUUUUCAUGUCAAUGAGAGCGAAAUUGCCAUGGAGUACGUGCGAUAACUUCUGGAACACAUACACAUGUGUAAAUCCCUAUGUCAGGAAGGAAAUUUGCUUCGAUCAACGCGUUCCCGGACAAUUUUUAGCUAAUGGAACAGCCGUCAUUGCUAAAGUCUGCACACUCGGUGGAAAGAAUGUGUCAGCAUCAAUUUUGACAGAUCCUGUUAAGGAGUUUUGGGAACGACGUGCUUUAAUGAUCUCAUCCGGUAUCGAGGAAAUUGGAAAUGUUCGUUGGGAAUUGGCUGGAACUUUAUUGCUUGUGUGGAUUGUCUGCUAUUUCUGUAUCUGGAAGGGUGUCAAAUGGACUGGAAAGGUUGUCUACUUCACUGCCCUCUUCCCCUACGUUCUUCUCACAAUUCUCUUAGUCAGAGGUAUCACACUGCCUGGUGCAAUGGAAGGUAUUCGAUUCUACAUAACGCCAAAUCUAUCAAAGCUCAGAGAGUCUGAAGUGUGGAUUGAUGCGGUGACGCAAAUCUUCUUCUCAUAUGGUCUCGGUCUGGGAACGCUCAUGGCUCUUGGUAGCUACAACAAAUUCCACAAUAAUGUGUAUAAAGAUGCAGUCAUCGUUUGUGCUGUGAACUCAUCAACGUCAAUGUUUGCUGGCUUUGUAAUUUUCUCAGUUGUCGGUUUUAUGGCUCAUGAACAGCAGAAGCCUGUGUCGGAAGUCGCUGCGUCAGGUCCUGGUCUGGCUUUCCUGGCGUAUCCAUCUGCGGUUCUGCAGCUUCCUGGUUCACCUCUGUGGUCAGCGCUGUUCUUUUUCAUGCUGCUGCUCAUUGGUCUUGAUUCUCAGUUUUGUACAAUGGAAGGUUUCAUCACUGCCAUGGUCGACGAGUGGCCACAUUUGUUGCGCAGAAAGAAGGAAAUUUUCAUCGCUGUGGUCUGCUUCGUCAGUUACUUUGUUGGUUUUGCAUGUAUCACGCAAGGUGGCAUGUACAUGUUCCAAAUUCUCGAUUCAUAUGCUGUCAGUGGUUUCUGUCUGCUGUUCUUAAUCUUCUUUGAGUGCAUUUCUAUCUCAUGGUGUUAUGGUAUUGAGCGAUUUUAUGAUGGAAUUAAAGACAUGAUUGGUUACUAUCCAAUGAAAUGGUGGAAGUUCUGUUGGUGCAUAACCACGCCGUUUAUUUGUUUGGGCGUCUUCAUCUUCAACAUCAUUCAGUGGACGCCAGUUAGAUAUUUGGACUACGAGUUCCCAUGGUGGGCUCAUUGCUUCGGUUGGUUCACAGCCCUCAGUUCUAUGUUAUGUAUUCCUGGCUAUGCUAUUUGGCUUUGGCAGAAAACACCUGGAGAUGCUAUUGAUAAACUUCGACUAAUCGUACGAAUUGAUGACGAUGUGGCGGCACUCCGAGUAAAGAUGCAGGCACGCACAAAGAAACUUGGCGAGAGAUUAUAGAAAAAGAUUUUUUUCAUUUUAAGGAAAAAAUUUUAAUUUAAUUUAAACUAUAAAAAAAAAUUAUUUAAUGAAUAAAAAUAGAUUUAGAUUUAAUCAAAUAUUAAUAAAUUAAUGUAUUAUGGACAUUCACGGUGAUGACCCAUUGCUGCUUAAUAUGUUGGACAUAGACACACGCGCACACAGACACGGAAUUACUGAGGGAUCUCAAAAGACAUAAAUUUCUAAGCUUUUUUUUUUGAAAAUUUUUUUUGAUGAAAAAAAAAUUUAUUUGGGGAAAACUUUUGGAACAGAAAAUUUCACAACAAAAAGGCAGGAAAAUUUUGAUGAAAUUUUUUAUCGCUUCAAAAUUUUGAAUUUUCCAGCUUUUUUGAAAUAUUUAAAAUAAAAAAAUCUUUUAAAAUUUCUGAGCAUUUAAAAAAUACAAAAAAAUGAUGAAGAAAGAAUCUUCGAAAUUCUUUUAUUUAAGCAAUUAUUCGAGCUAGUCGGACAAGAUGUUCAUUAGCUUUGGAAAGAAUAAACAAAAUGUUCACAAAAAAUUAAACUUUUAAAUUUGAAUUGUUAAUUUUAAAAAUUUGUGAAGCGAUUUUAAAAAGUUAUAUUUUUGAAAUGUUAAGUUUUAUUUUGUUUUUAAAUUUUUAAGGUUUAAAAAGUGUAAAAUAUUCAACAUUUUUUAGUAAAUUUAACAUUUAAUAGUCAACAAUUCAAUUUUAAAAAUUUAAAGUGACAACCAAAAAAAUAAGCGAAGUUAAAAUUCAAAUAAAAAAGAUCAUCUAAAAUAAAAAGAAAAUUUGAAAACAAAAAAA